AUGAAGACUCCCUCUGCCGCUGUUAUUGCAAUUCUUCUCUCGCCCUUCUUGGCUGCUGCUGUAGCAAUCCCGGAAUCUUCCGACAUAGCAGACAUUGAAGUUCGCUCCGCCGAUGUCGCCCAAGUCGACAAUGUUGAGAAGCGAGCCGACUGUUGGAUCAGAGCCAACUGGUACAACAACUGGCCGUCUGGUGGCUUCCGCCGCUAUGGUGUGCGCCUUGAUGCUGGCCCUGACAGCCGACGCAGGGAUCUUCUGAAUAUCUUCUGCGCUAUCCUCCAAGGCAAUAACAAGCAGAACAUCAAUAACAAAGCCUGCUACGCUGAACCUGAUGGUACAUUCAAAGCAGACAUUACUACCUUUGAGGGUUCGCAUGGACAUGACCUGUACCUCGAUUUCUUCCAGCAGAAUUUCAACGACUGGCGUGGUAGAACAAACUGCGAUGUGGAUAACCGCAACAUGUAA